UUGCACGCGCCUUCGAGCCUUCAUAUUUUGACAUGUUUUGACAAUUUUGACAUUACUUGAGAUUUUAUCAAUAAACUUCUGGGACAUUGGAAUAGAUCGUCGAAGAUGAUGUCCGAGAGGGAUUACGCGCCUUUAAGCGCGGCGUGCGUUCGUUCUCUCAAUGACAAGUUGUACGAGAAACGGAAACCAGCUGCUGUGGAGAUAGAGAAAAUGGUGAAGGAAUUUGCCGCUCACAACAACACUAUGCUGAUCAAGAGAUUAUUGAAGGUUCUCGGACAAGACUUCGCCACUUCGCAGAACCCACAUACUCGCAAGGGUGGCUUGAUCGGUCUCGCGGCCAUCGCCGUUGGUCUUGGGAAGGAUACGGGUCAGUAUAUAGAGGAUCUGAUCCAUCCGAUACUAGCAUGCUUCUGUGACGCCGACCUGAGAGUCAGGUACUAUGCUUGCGAAAGCCUGUACAACGUGGUUAAAGUGGCAAGAGGUGCGGUGCUGCCUCAGUUUACAGAUAUCUUUGCUGCUCUUAGUAAAUUGGCCUGCGAUUCUGAGCAGACUAUAAAGAACGCUACCGAGCUACUAGAUAGACUGAUGAAGGAUAUCGUGACGGAGAGCGGCCUCUUUGAUUUAGUUGGAUUCAUGCCUCUGUUGCGCGAACGUAUUUACACGAAAAAUCCAUUCGGCAGACAGUUUGUAAUAUCGUGGGUAUCUGUGCUGGAUGCAGUACCCAAUAUGGACUUUAUUAUAUUUCUGCCAGAGAUACUCGAUGGACUGUUCAGAAUAUUGGAGGAUCCAACGCCGGAGAUCAAAAAGGUUACAGAUACAGUUCUCGGUGAAUUCUUACGUAGCAUAAAAGCCAAUCCCGCACGGGUGGAUUUUCCAGCCAUGAUAAAUAUACUGAUUACACACGCUCAGAGUAAUGACGAACUACUUCAAUUAACCGCCAUCACAUGGAUAAAGGAGUUCGUACAUUUGUCCGGGCCUCUUAUGCUCCCGUACAUGUCCGGCAUUCUCGUGGCGGUUUUGCCAUGCUUGGCCUAUGAUGGUGAUACACGGAAGAGUACUAAAGAAACAGCGACGCAAGUAAAUGCAAAUUUAAUGAAGUUAAUAAUUAUGGAAAAUACAGAGAUUACAAGUAAGAAGGAGAAUGAUAAUGUACAUUCUACAAAUGGGAAAAACGAUACAAUGCAAAAUUGUUCUUUGGCUGAAAGUUUGGAUCUGGCCAGUGUUGUAGAAGUACUUACAAAACAUUUAUUAUAUCUGUCGGUUCAAACCAAAGUCGCAGUUUUAAAAUGGAUACAUCACUUGUUCAUAAACAUUCCGCAUAAAAUGUUUAAUCAUAUCGAAGACUUGUUUCCGAUAUUAAUGAAAUCCUUAAGUGAUCCUUCGGACGAGGUGGUGCAACAGACUUUAGUGGUAAUGGCCGAGAUUAUCAGUUCGAAAUCUCCGGAGGCAGUAACGACCGAUCCCGAUGCAAAAGUACAGAAUAAGUAUUUCACCAAAUUUAUAGUCAAUUUAUUGAGGCUCUUCUCGACUGAUAGACAUUUAUUGGAAGAACGAGGUGCUUUUAUUAUAAGAGAGUUAUGUAUCCUUUUGAGUGCAGAAGAUAUAUACAAAACACUGGCAAAGAUUCUAUUGGAGGAACAAAAUUUAAACUUUGCCUGUACAAUGAUACAAACCUUGAACGUUAUUCUGUUAACCAGUUCCGAAUUAUUCGAUUUGCGCAACAAACUUAGACAUUUAGAUUCUCCAGACAGUUGUGCAUUAUUCGAAUGUUUGUACUUAUCCUGGUGUCACAAUCCGGUCGCGACAGUGGCUUUAUGUCUUCUGUCUCAACAUUAUCGACAUGCUUGCAACAUUAUUCGAUCUUUCGAAAAUAUAGAAGUUACAGUGGAGUUUCUGACCGAAAUAGACAAAUUAGUGCAGCUAAUAGAAUCACCGAUAUUUACUUAUUUGAGAUUGCAAUUAUUGGAAUGGGAGAAAAAUGAUGCUCUAAUAUAUGCAUUGUAUGGUUUGCUCAUGAUUCUACCGCAGAGUGAAGCUUACGCUACUUUACAACGUCGCUUAGCGGCGAUACCUCCAGCUACGAAACCGAUAUCCAAUAAAAGUGAAAACUCGCAUGAGAAAACUGCUUAUUGUCCGUUCGAUUUCAGCGAACUAUUGAAACAUUUCCAUAUAGUUCAAGAACAACACAAGGAGCAAAAGCGCAAACAAAGACUGAAUUCUUUAGUCGAGAGAAAUACUAGUCAUAUAGACACGUAAAUAUUCGUACGUAUAGCAUAUAAAUAAAUAAAUUUAAGAUACUAAUUUUUUACUAUAUAACGACGUAAAAUUAAAAUUACUACAUACUUGCCUAUGUUUGGCUUUGUUAUAAAGAUAUAAUUAUUAUUUAUUAAGAUGCGAU